UCAUUCCGUUCACCAUCAAUCAACAGAAAAAAAAUAAUCGUCUGUCACGAAGAAUUUAUUUCACUGUAAUAUUAUUUUUGUUGCAAAAUAAUAAUAGAUUAGUAAAAAAUUUCUUUGUUUCUUUAAUUCGCGUAAUUCAUACAGUAAUUGCAAACAUGUUCCAUGUUUUUCCGUAGCUGCGAAUCUAACUACUCCGUCAUCGUGUGAUUGUCUCAAGUGCUCCGUGUCUUACUUAACUUUGUGAAAACAUUUCUGUGAAUUGCGAUGUUGUGCAGAUAGUCAAUUGUUGUGUACCGCGUGUGAAAUGUCACAACAUGGAUGCCCAGAGAGACUGUCGAAUAGAUCCAAAGGUUUCCAGGAUGAUGGACCGAGUCAACCUACGAUGGAGGUUCUUGUGGAAACCCUCACGGGAACCGCGUUUGAAAUGACCGUGCUGCCCACGGACACCAUAUUUGCCAUUAAAUCGAAGAUAUUCAGGGUCGAAGGUAUCCCGGUGUCCCAGCAGCAUUUGCUAUACAAUCUCAAGGAGUUGGAGGACUCGUCGUGUCUCCGCGAGCAUGCCAUCGGGGACGGCGCGCGGCUGCGGCUGGUACUGGGCAUGCGCGGCGGGCCUAUCUCCACCCGCCGCCUGCCGCCGCCGCCCAACACCGAGCCCUGGAGGGACAUCGAACGCCUGCUCGAUACCAACAGAGAGGACGUGGAAUGGGGCAGCAGUGGAUGCAAGGUGACAGUACUAGUGUUCCGCGACGGAGAGCGCGUCAACAUGCUUCGCGUCAAGGAGAACCACGACGGGACCUACUCGCCCCUCGAACACUCGAAGCUCUAUGCAAAUUCCCCGACACUGACGCAGCUGCUGGAGCGCGAGAUCGAAGACUUCAGCCCCGUCGUGGGCAUGGCCACCGCCGCGCGCGCGCUCGGCGGCCCGCGCGCGCUGCGCGACAACGCCGUCACCAUGGGCAAGAUGCUCGACCUGCGCCGCCGCAUGGACGCGCUCUCGCUGCACCGCCCGCGCGGCCCGCGCGCGCCCGCCGCGGACACCUUCGAUAAAGUAGAAAUACAGAAGACUCGUAGCGAAGAAACUCUUUCCGUCCCUAGCUUGUUGGAAGAGACCGGCGGCGGCCUCAAGCAGCGCGCCGCGUCAUACGCACCCAUCAGUGACGCCGAGCUCGCGCCCCGCGCCCCCGCCGCGCCGCGCGCCCCUAUCGCGACGCUGCACCGCUGCCGCUGCGGCGGGAGCUACUGCGCGCCGCACCGGUACGCGGAGGUGCACGGGUGCGCGUUCGACUACCGCGCCGCCGCGCCGCGCCACGACGCGCCGCUGCACGCGCCCAAGCUGCCGCGCAUCUAGGCUCGGCCUAACCUUAAGAUAAAAAUGUUCAAAAAUCCUCCGCCAUGUGUGUGUUUGUUUUCUUUUCUAAUGAAAUCGUCGUGGAAAAAAAUUGCAAAAAAAAUAUAUGUAAUAAAUAAUUAUUCGCUCUAAAAUAUCGGCCCCGGUAACGUCGAGGUGCUUUACUUUGUGCUAGGACACGCGUACUCGUAUGGUUUCUACGCCGGGCGCUCGCCGGCUCGCCGCGGGGACGGAUCGGUUGCAGAUUGUUAUAUUUUAUUACUGACGAUGCCGAUCGCACGCCCCGGACGGAGCGCAUCUCAAGUUCCAAAUGUUAAAGUUACAGUACAAAUGACACAUAGAGAUUGUAGAAGCAAGUUUAUAUAAAUGUUAAGUAGCUCCAGUACGAGAUCGUACAAACAUUCGCCUGUCUAUUCCCCUUCCCUUGUUGUUAUGCGGGUCCUUUUGGACCCCUUGUUACACGUCUUUUGUAAAUACUUUCGUAACGUAGUACUCGUAGUACAGGAAAGUAUCUGUAUUGUAAACAAAAGACUGCGAUUGUAAAGUAAUACGAUGUUAUUAUAAUGCGCAGGCGACGCUACUCUUGUAGUGGAGUUAUACAAGCGUUGUUGUUGUCGUCCGGUGAGCACUCGGCCUAAUUUGUUGUUGUAUAAUACAUUGUAUAACACUAGAUUAAUUAAUGCUUAAAACAUAUUAAUUUUAUAUGAAUAUCAUACUCGCCUGGUCUGGGAACGUCACGGUACCUACUCGGUGUCACGCGGCUGUACGCGACUGCGCCAGACUCGCGCCGGCAUUUUGUUUGUUGCAGGAUUACGUUCAUGGCGGUCGCGAUAGUUAAAUUGUAUUAAAGUUGUUCCAAAUUAACUAAAUAAGUAAUAUGUACCAGUAGAACUAACCGACCCUAGAGUCUCGUCCCACAAUACGCCUGGAUGGCGCGUCAGGAACGUGUUUCUUGGAACAAAUGUGUUGUAUGGCCUACUGUAAAUAUUCGGGUUCUAAUAGUUUAGAACUGUAGGUAUAUUGUUUCCAUAUGUCGAGGGCCCGAGUGCCGGCGCGGCGCUCUGCCUCGAGCUCCUCGGAAUACAUAAUUAUAUUGUAAUGUUGACAGAUGAUAUAGUUUUGUACUGUUACUGACUAUGCGGUGCAACUCGUCAGUCCACUUAUUAAUCAUUAUUGUCGGCUGGGUUUGCCAAUUUUUCGUAUUUGAUUGUAUAAUUUAAGUUUAUAGUUAAUGUUUAUUUGGGAGAAAUAAUUUUGGCUGAUUUCGAUAAUAAAUAUUUAUAACGCGAAAGCGUCAAACAAUUUA